GACCAUCGAAAAAUUAAUUACCCUCUCCUGACCUUUCUAAAUCAUCAACUCUUCAUCAACUUCUCAAUUCUAUACUUCAUCAUCAUUCCCAUCCUCAUCAUCCUUCUCAUCUAAUCAACUCAUUCAAGUCAUGGGGAACAUUUCUUCAUGUUGCAGUUGUGGUCGUGGUUCUCAUGGAUCGGGUUAUGAACCUCUCUUACUCGAGCCUGAGCGUGAUGCGGUAGCAAGUCUCUUGCAGUUCCUUGAGCAUCGGACCGAUACCAAUUUCUUCACCGGAGAACCACUCAAGUCACUCUCAACUCUAUCCUUCUCAGAUAACGUUGACUUACAACGAUCCGCUGCUCUGGCCUUUGCCGAGAUCACUGAAAAAGAUGUCAGAGAAGUAGGAAGGGAUACUUUGGAACCUAUCAUGUUUUUAUUACAAUCUCAUGAUACCGAAGUUCAACGGGCUGCCAGUGCUGCUCUUGGUAACUUGGCUGUCAACACUGAAAACAAGUUGUUGAUCGUUAAGUUGGGCGGCCUCGAACCGCUGAUCCGUCAGAUGCUCAGUCCAAAUGUGGAAGUUCAAUGUAACGCUGUGGGUUGUAUCACCAAUCUAGCAACUCAUGACGAAAACAAAGCCAAGAUAGCCAAAUCGGGUGCUCUAGUCCCAUUGACAAGACUAGCAAGAUCAAAAGAUACUAGAGUUCAAAGAAACGCCACUGGCGCACUCUUAAACAUGACUCACUCUGAUGAAAAUCGACAGCAACUUGUGAAUGCUGGAUCGAUUCCCGUCUUAGUCUCAUUACUUUCAUCUUCCGAUACAGAUGUACAGUACUAUUGUACGACUGCACUCAGCAAUAUUGCUGUUGAUGCGGCUAAUCGUAAGAGGUUGGCCCAAGGUGAACCUAAGUUGGUCAACAGCUUGAUCGGUUUGAUGGAUAGCCCCAGUCUGAAGGUUCAGUGUCAGGCUGCACUCGCUCUACGAAAUUUGGCUUCUGAUGAAAAAUAUCAAAUCGAAAUCGUCAAAUGUGGAGGUUUAUCCCCCUUAUUACGCCUACUCCGAUCUUCCUUCUUGCCCUUGAUUCUUUCAGCUGCAGCAUGUGUGAGAAAUGUAUCGAUUACACCACAAAACGAAUCACCCAUCAUCGAAGCACACUUUUUGCAUCCACUGAUUGAACUCUUGGCCUACGAUGAAAAUGAAGAGAUCCAAUGUCAUGCGAUUUCAACCUUGAGGAAUUUGGCAGCAUCGUCAGAGAAGAACAAAGAAGCGAUCGUCCAGGCCGGUGCAAUUGAACGGAUCAAAGAGCUAGUGCUCAGCGUACCUUUGAGCGUACAAAGCGAAAUGACGGCUUGUGCGGCUGUUUUAGGGUUGAGUGAAGAUAUCAAAGGCCAUCUGUUAGACCUUGGGAUCUUGGAAGUCUUGAUUCCUUUGACCAACAGCGUUAGCGUUGAAGUUCAAGGAAACAGCGCCGCAGCAAUUGGCAACCUCUCGUCCAAAGCCGAUGACUAUUCGGCAUUUAAUGCAGUUUGGGACAAACCCGAAGGUGGAUUGGAAGGAUACUUGAUUCGAUUCCUAGAAUCUACCGAUCCAACAUUCCAACACAUCGCGGUCUGGACUUGUGUACAACUUUUAGAAUCAGGUGAUCCAACCUUGGAGAACCACAUUCGAUCAUCUGAGUCUAUCAUUCCACUCGUCAAUCACUUGGCUUCUUCGGGAACUACAUUGUCCAGUUCAGUUGAUGACGACGAUGGUAGUGAAGGAGGUGGUGAUGCAGGAGAUCAAGAGAUUGCUACUUUGGGUAGAAAAGUCUUUGAAUUAUUAGGAAUUGAAAACCGAUUAACUACUCCCUCUACUUGAUCUAACAUCUCAUUGUGGGAUGUUGGUUUUUUUUUUGUUUUACUUUUUUCCUUCUUUUAUCUCUUUCUGUCCCUUAAUUCUUUCACCUCGAUUUGUAUGAUUCAUGAUUUCUUCUUUGUUUUGUUUAACGUUGAUGGAUGUUGAAUGGUUAUCGAUCACAUGAAGAAAAGAAAAAAAAACCCACAAAGAUAAAAAGGUAAAGCGAUGGCCUUGUGAGGUGGACAAAACGUGAAAAGAUAGAUAAACUCAUUGAAAAAAACGAGUUGGUCACCGGUUUUUUUAAUUUAUUUUCUUUUUGUUCUUAUCAUUGUUUAUUAGUAGUAGUAGUAGUAGUAGUUUGGCAGACCUUAUUUUUUGCAGUUUUGUCUUGUGUGAUAUAACUUUUAUUUUCUUCAUCUCUAUCAUCUUUUUUUGACAUUUUUUCUUUUUUGAUCGCUUGUUAAUCAUUUAUGAAAAAAAGUUUGAAGG